AUGAAACAGGACCCUUCUUCUUCAGUUGGUUCCCAUGAAGGAAACCAGAAUCCCCGGCGCACGUUAGCACCGUCUGCUUUUAAUCUUUCUUCUAUAUAUCGAUGUAGAUCAUUUCAACUACAUUCCGCUUUCCCUUUAUUUCCGAAUCUUCAAUCCGAAGCUGAAGAAACUUCUCCUGAUUCUCAUUCCGGAUCCGAAAACUCCAAUUUCAGCAAUCAGGUAGUUUAGAUCGUACGAUGUAGAAGUAUUUUGACGCGUCGACAAACUGUAGCGAACCCCACCAGAUGAAUGGCUUGGAAGGUUCCAAUAUCGAGAAUCAAGAUUGGAAUUGAAAUUGAAAUGCAGUGGGAAUGACCUGCAAUUGACAUCUGUCACCCCGCGAGAUUCGAUUCUCUGAGAUUGCAUUUUUGUUGGGAAGGGAUCGACCUUCUGCUUAUCCGGGCAUGCUGGGCCAUUCGAGUUUACAUGAGAUUCAUUUGGUGCACAAACGUGUACCAUCGAAGGACCAUGCCCCUCUUCUCGACAGAGAAGGAAAUUCAGCCCGUUUGCAGAAUGGUAUGGGGCAAGAAGGCACAAAUCCUUCUUGGAGACUUUCCUUGCCACAUGUAUGUGUGGCUACCCUAACUUCAUUCUUAUUUGGCUACCAUAUGGGAGUUGUUAAUGAACCACUUGAAAGCAUUGCUUAUGACCUUGGCUUUGCUGAGAAUACCUUGGCUGAAGGUCUUGUGGUUAGCUUGUGUUUGGGUGGUGCCUUUAUUGGAUGUCUGGUUAGCGGUUGGAUUGCAGAUGGGAUUGGACGUCGUAGGGCUUUCCAGUUGAGUGCCUUACCAAUGAUUAUUGGAGCCUCUAUGAGUGGCCAUACAAAAUUUAGAAGAAAUCCUUCUUCAUGCAUUUGCAGUGCCACAACGAAAGAUCUGGAUGGCAUGCUUCUUGGAAGGUUCUUAGUUGGAACUGGAAUGGGUCUGGGUCCAGCUAUUGCAUCUCUUUAUGUGGCUGAGGUUUCACCUUCAUUUGUGAGGGGUACUUACGGCAGCUUUGUUCAGAUUGCGACUUGCUUGGGACUCAUUGGGGCUUUGUUUAUUGGAAUCCCAUCCAAGGAAGUAUUGGGUUGGUGGCGGAUCUGUUUUUGGGUUUCGGCCAUCCCUGCCGCAUUACUUGCUCUUGGCAUGGAAUUCUGUGCAGAGAGUCCUGCUUGGCUUUACAAGAAAGGACAAUGUGGUGAGGCUGAAGCUGCAUUUGAGAGACUUUUGGGAGCAUCACAUGCUAAAUCUGCUGUGGCCGAAUUAUCACGGUCAGACAAAGGGGAUGACAUAGAAAGCUUAAGGUUUUCAGAUCUGCUUUAUGGUCGCCAUUUCAGGGUUGUGUUGACUGGAUCAGUCCUAUAUGCUUUCCAACAGUUGUCUGGUAUAAAUGCGGUGUUCUAUUUCUCUACGUUUGUCUUCAAAAGUGCAGGGCUAUCUGCAGAUGUGGGAAAUACUUGUGUAGGCUUCAUAAAUUUAGCAGAAUCAAGGAGCACUUUGUCACGGGCAAUUUUUUCAGGGUCAAUUAUUGCAAUGCUUUUGAUGGAUAAGCUAGGCAGGAAGGUACUUCUUCUGGGGAGCUUCUUGGGCAUGGCAGUAGCAAUGGGCUUCCAAGUCAUGGCAGCAAGCUUUAAUCUUCCAGGCUCUGGAACUUUAUAUCUAUCUGUUGGUGGGAUUCUACUGUUUGUCUUAACAUUUGCCAUGGGAGCUGGUCCAGUCCCUGGUCUCCUGCUACCUGAAAUUUUACCCAAUCGAAUUCGUGCUAAAGCCAUGGCGAUCUGUAUGUCAGUGCAUUGGGUGGUGAAUUUCUUUGUUGGCUUGCUGUUCUUGCGCUUGUUGGAGCAACUUGGGCCGCAGCUCUUGUACUCAAUAUUUGGUACCUUUUGCUUGCUUGCAGUAAUUUUUGUGAAGAGAAACGUGAUUGAAACCAAAGGGAAGUCGCUCCAGGAAAUCGAAAUCGCCCUUCUAACAUCAGAGUAGAGGUGCACAGGUCAUUAUGUGUGACAUUGGAGCAUGCAAAAGGUGGGCUCCACUGUGAAGAUCACCCAGUGCAAAGUCAGGCCAGCCCACUCAUCAGCUUCAGCAUUUGGAUGGAUGAGAACUGAUCACUGGGCCAUCUCUUUCACGUCUGUCCGAUGAGGCUGAUUUAAAUAUGAGAGUUCUUUCUCCGAGACAGGAAUAUGCUGCCAUUUCUCCUGCAAUUGCUCAGACACUACCGGUGAGCAUUUUCUGUUUUCGGGAUGUAAGAAAUUUUAGUGACAGAUUUAUUUAUUAGUAAUAAUUGAAUAAUUUUUAGGUCAUAUACUUGUGGUAUAUCUUACAAGUGGUUUGCUCAAAUACAUCCCCACUUAUUAGAAUAAGAUACGUGACAACACUAGUCAUUGUAUCUAUGCCUUUUUAAAUGACACAAACUGUUUAUUUAAUAGGGCUCCCCUUGAAUGGGUUGAAGUAAUUUAAUCGAGAGCUUUUAUUUGCUGCC